AAAAAAAGAAAAGCCUGAUUGGCGCAUUCCCAACCCCACCCCACCUCCCGCAUCACCUCUGUCGGAUCUCCUGACACCUUCCGCCGCUGCCCCUGGCUCCAGCGCGCUUCUUCCCUCUGACCGGCGUCGCUGCCGCACUUCCUUCCACACGGCUGGCGCCCCUCUCGCCGGAGCGCCACCUCCCCAUCCGCCGGCGCUCCUCCUCCCACUCCACCCCGAUCCACCCUGAUGCGCGCGACCCACCCAGCGCCGCACCUGCAUCUCGCCGCCCCGCUCCCUGGCCACCGGAGCGCCAUCCUCCCCACUCCAUCGCUGCCACCCCGCUCCCAGCUGAAACCCACGACGCGCCGCCGAUGCGGGACACCUCCCCGAUGCGCUGCCGCCGUGCCGCGGAUGACCACGAGCGACCUUCUUCCACCUCUCCAAGCGCCGCCACUCGGGACGCCACGCACUUAGGCUCCCCUGCCGCCGCGAACUUCUUGCUCCUACCACCACGACCUUCUCCCCCCUGCCGCAGCGUCCUUCUUCCACGCACUCAGAACUUGGCCAUUUUUGGACGAGGAAUCAAGAUCGCCCCUGCUGCUCUGUUUGGAUCUACUCGGUUGCUGGCGUAGUUUGCUUCGAGGCUACUCACACCCAAGCUCCCACUAGCCACGGCAAUCUCAUUCCCGCAGCGGAUGUCGCCGACCUCGACUAGUGGUUGCCGGAUUUUGUGUUUCUUCUGGUGCAAGGGUGUCACGCGGAGGUGGCUCGAGCCGGCAGGAGAUGCAGCAGUUCGAUGCAGCCCCUCCACGUCGUUCAACUCAUGCAGCCAUCUGGCUCAAAGCCAACAUUUGGCACGCCACUGCUGGUCGAGGAAGCUUUCUCUGGUACCUGCCAUGGCAAGAGCUUGAGACGAUGUGGUUGGGCGUGCAAGUACUACGCGCCGGACCCGGAGGAGGACUUCGGGGAGGGGUACGAGGGGAAGCAGGUGGUGGUGGAGAACCUGCGGCAGCUGUGCGUGCACUGGGUGGCCAACGAGAGCGGGCGGCCGUGGGCGUGGUGGGACUUCACCAUGGACUAUAAGCUGCGGUGCUCCAUGAAGGAGAAGAAGUACAACAAGGCGUGCGCUAAGGAGGUGGUGGCCUCGCUCGGGCUGUCGCUGGAGAAGGUGCUGGUGUGCAUGGGCGACCCCGACGCCGACGCUGACAAUGCCGUCAUGUCCAAGGAGCAGGAGGACCAGAUCGGGCGCGGGUCGCGCGGGGACGUCACCAUCCUGCCCAUGCUCGUCAUCAACGGCGUCCAGUGCAGAGGGAAGCUGGAGAGGACGGCAGUGCUCAAGGCCGUGUGCGCCGGCUUCAAGGAGGGGACCGAACCGCAAGUCUGCCUGAGCCAUGACAUGGAGACGAACGAAUGCCUGCACCGAAACGGCGGGUGCUGGCGGGACGAGGCGACGAACAUGAUGGUGUGCAGGGACACGUACCGGGGCAGGGUGUGCGAGUGCCCCAUGGUGAACGGCGUCCGCUACGACGGUGACGGGUACACCCACUGCAAAGGUCGACUGCACCGCCACACGAAGUUCAUAGGCCAUAGCUGCGGACGGACGAAAUUCCAACUGUACUGUAACCCCUCAAGAUCCAUAGUGGCCAAAGAUGGCGCUCCACAGUUGUUCGAUGUAAUGCCUAAGGAGCAAACAAUGUCUCUCACUUUUUUCGAAAGACCUACCUAUCAUCUUGCCGCUGCUGCGUUAGAGUGGCUCCAUCUGCAGAUGGGGGAUAUCUCGACCUGCAGCUGGGAGAAGUCUCGACCUGCACCUGGUCGCGCGUGCCACUGCCACUUAGGUCCACCACCUACAGCUGGCGCCGCAGUGCCUCGACCGUUCAACUAUGCCACAUCAGCAGUUCAAUAUAUAUUGGAGAAGAAGAAAAAACAACAUUAGGUUCAAAUGUUGUGUUUUGUGAUUGUUGUAGACUUGCAGCAAAUUAGAGGUGGUCUCAAAGAAAAAAUUGUUCCCUUUGAUGGAGCACCUGGCCGUUCCAUUUGUUUUGUUUUGUUUUGCAAAUUGCUAGUUGGCCGUAUAGCUUCAGUAGUGGUAUAAUGCUUUAGGUUCCUGACUAUUGGUCUUGAUGUUUGGCCGUACUUGAGGUUCCAUGCUUGAGGUUGAGCUCGGUAAUGUAUACGGGAGCAGUUUGGAUUUGGUA